GCAUCGGUUUGGGGUUUUUCAAUCUCUUGCAUCGUCGUUUCCGUGCUUAAUGUGUUAUAACUUCUCAGCGUGUUUCCAUUGAUUGCUGCGUUAUGUGCUUUCUAGGGUUUUGGAGAUUAAACUGUUGAAUUUGGACUUGUUACUGUUUGAAUAGCUCAUUGAGCUCAGUUUCUGUGGCUUUAGGCGGUUAGAUUUGAACUGAGGUAUAGAGAAUGAGUUCCAAGAGAGAAUAUGAAGAGAUUGAAGGGGAAGCGAACUUGUUGGAGUCAAAGAGGCAGAAAGUGAGUGAGCAAGUGUCGCCGGACUCUUCGCCGCCUGCCUCUCUUCUUCCUGGUUUUAAUUACGGUGACGAGGAUGAUGAGGAGAGAAGGGCAAUGGUUAAUGGAGAAGGUGAUGGCAAGUUGGUACAGCCUGGACUGAAUGGGGUUGAAGAAGAAGAGGAGGAGGAUGACGGGGAUCAAGGACUUCAAGGACACAGGAGCCGCGACAUUGAGGUUAGGAGGGAUUGCCCGUAUCUUGAUGCGGUAAAUCGCCAGGUUCUGGAUUUUGAUUUUGAGAAGUUCUGCUCGCUUUCCCUAUCGAAUUUGAAUGUAUAUGCAUGCUUGGUUUGCGGGAAGUAUUACCAAGGAAGAGGAAGGAAGUCUCACGCAUAUACUCAUAGCCUUGAAGCUGGACACCACGUGUUUAUCAAUCUUCGAACAGAGAAGGUUUACUGCCUUCCUGAUGGAUAUGAAAUUAGCGACCCAUCAUUGGAUGAUAUCCGACAUGUUCUGAACCCAAGGUUUACUGAGGAACAGGUUGAGCAGAUCGACAGAAACAAGCAGUGGUCGAGGGCACUUGAUGGUUCUGAUUAUCUUCCUGGAAUGGUGGGGCUAAAUAACAUUAAGGAAACCGAUUUUGUGAAUGUCACCAUUCAGUCCUUAAUGAGAGUCACACCUCUAAGAAAUUUCUUUCUUAUCCCAAAGAACUAUCAACAUUGCAAGUCUCCGCUUGUUCAUCGGUUUGGGGAGCUUACAAGAAAGAUAUGGCAUGCACGGAAUUUUAAGGGACAGGUGAGCCCGCAUGAGUUCCUGCAAGCAGUUAUGAAAGCCAGUAAGAAAAAGUUUCGAAUAGGAGCACAGUCUGACCCUGUUGAGUUCAUGUCAUGGAUGCUCAAUACACUUCACAAAGAUCUAAAAACUAAGAAGAAUACCAGCAUCAUUUAUGACUGCUUUCAGGGGGAACUAGAGGUUGUCGAGGAAAGUCAGGAGAAUAAAGAUGGUGGAACUGAAAACAACGGCCUUGUCACAAGAACUUGCAGAAUGACAUUCUUAAUGCUUGGAUUGGAUUUACCCCCGCCACCUCUUUUUAAAGAUGUGAUGGAGAAAAACAUCAUACCACAGGUUCCACUGUUUAACAUUUUGAAGAAAUUUGAUGGUGAGACUGUCACUGAAGUCGUCAGGCCUCGCCUAGCAAGGAAGAGGUUCCGUGUCACCAGAUUGCCGCGGUAUCUUAUUCUGCACAUGCAAAGAUUCACAAAGAACAACUUUUUUGUGGAGAAGAAUCCUACUCUAGUCAACUUUCCUGUGAAGAAUCUGGAAUUGAGAGAUUACAUCCCUUUGCCUACCCCGAACGAGAAUGAGAGAUUGCGUUCAAAGUAUGAUUUGAUUGGCAACAUUGUUCAUGAUGGUAAACCUGGUGAAGGGUCAUAUAGAGUGUUUGUACAACGCAAGUCUGAAGAACUUUGGUAUGAGAUGCAAGAUCUUCAUGUCUCUGAAACACUUCCUCAGAUGGUUGCCCUUUCCGAGGCAUACAUGCAGAUAUACGAGCAACAGCAACAGUAAAAUAGGAGAGACGGAAGAAAGGGAAUCCUGUUCAUGUUAAGUUCAAGUAAUAUCCAUUAGUGUUUUAUUCAGCCGUAUAAUCCUGACAUGUUCUAAACACAUUGGAAAAAACAUUACUUAUAUAGCUUUUAUCUGCCAGCAGACAUCGUCUCUGAGAGCUGAUGAGUUUUGAGGGCAA